GUGUCACCAUGGAAAACCCCUGAAAUUUGUCUCUCUCAUCUCUGGAAGCACUGUGAGUUAGAAGGCAAGUGUGUCAACAUGCACUACUACUUGCCGUACCGCUGGCAGAUGUUUAAUGGAUCAGAUUGGGAAGACUUUGAAAACAUGGAGGAUAUUGAGAUGGCUUAUUGCAAUCCUAUGAAUGAAAUCAUCAAGAAGGCAAUCCCAUGGUCAGAAAGAAAUAAAAUUGUCAGCAUCAACUUUGAGGCAAUGAAAGCAAAUACCAAGCCGGUCCGAAGGCUGUCUUCACCUUCUUCUGUUACACAAGACCCUGAAUACGUACUGACAACU